AUGUCAGAGAUGGAGAUGAGCCAGGAGGCAUCUUUCAAUCAGAAGGUAUUCGACUUGUCACUGGCUCUGUCACGGAGCCGCAUGAACGACGCAACCGAGUUGGAAUACAUGUUUUUGAAUGUUGAUGGCUCUGUCAAGUAUUCCAAUAUGCGCGGUACCAAAGCAACUGUGGCUAAAAAGCAUGAAUUAGAUGGACGGGAUUUGCGAAAUGUUGAUCUUGCUUCGGAAGGUGUACCGCAUAUAUUGGUUCGUCCGUCUACUAUCUUCAUCACUAUGUUCACUUUACGGCUUCUUGUGCGGACAGAUGGCGUUCUUCUCUUUAUGUUGCCUAUCGAGGACUCUGAUGUAAAGGCUCAGGAUGUUUUCUUGACUGAUUUGCAACAAAAAUUGCAGCCGAGCGCUGGCACUGGAAUGUUGACGCAACUUCCAUUCGAACUGCGUGUGGUGGAUGCUGCGCUUGCCUCUGUAAUUGCCAUUCUUGAAGCCGAACACCUUCUUAUCAGAGGAGAGGUUCAACAGAGUCUCCGCGAUUCCACGCGGGAAGAUCUCGUCCACUCAAUUCUACGCAGAUUGCAGGACCAUGGCAAAAGACUGGUGGCUAUUGAGCAACGCGCGCGGCAGGUCCGAUCGGCGCUCCGGGAACUCCUCGCAAAUGAUGAAGAUAUGGCUACCAUGUACCUGUCGGCACGACAGUCAGGUAAUCCACAUGCCAUUGAGGACCACCAAGAAGUUGAAUAUCUUGUGGAGGCAUAUUACAAGAAUACCGAUGCCAUCGCCGAGUCUGCUAGUGCAUUGCUCGCAGAUGUGAAUCGCACCACAGAUACUAUUCAGUCAAUCUUGGAUGUGCGGCGGAAUCAGAUCAUGAUUUUCGAAGCACAGCUCGAGAUUUGUAUGCUCGGAUUUGCCGUGUCGACUUUUGUAGCAGGCUUGUUUGGAAUGAAUGUGGUGAACAACUUUGAAGAGAACAAUUCGGCAUUUGCAGUACUUGUUGGUGGAUGUGUAAUUGGAACUGUGCUCAUUGCACGAUUUGGGAUGUGGAAACUCAACAGAUAUCGAAAGUCGCGUUUCUAG